AUGGGAAAGAACAAACCUACGAGUUGCAUCCCAAGGCCAAGCAGGCCGCCCAUCAAUAAGCCUGCUGUCCGUCUUUGGUUAACGUCGCGCCGCAGGCUCGUCGAAGGCUCCUCUUUCGCCGACCGCCGAGGCGCCGUCGACGGAGGAGCAUCUGCCGCCUUAAAGUUCUCCCACGUCGACCGUGACCUCCUCGAGAACUUCUCCUCUCUUUUCGGUGGCCGCGGUGAGGGCGAACGCGAGGAGCAUCAAGAAAAAGGAAGCCACGGCGAUGGCAGCGACGACGAUAUCUGUUGGAGCUACUACAUCUCGCGGCCCACGGACGUGUCGCCGCGGCUGACGCUGCCGUCGCCGCGCGCGGUGCAGGCGUCGGAGCGGUUUUUCGUGCCGGUCGGCGCAGCGAGCUCGCUGGUGGAGGAGGCGCGGCUUUCGGAGGCGGCGGCUGAGAGCGGCGGGGAGGCGGUGGUGAGGUUCUCGAACGAACCGUACGAGGACUUCCUGCGGUCGAUGGAGGAGAUGGUGGCGGCGCAGGGGCCGCGGGGGACGCCGGACUGGGAGUUCAUGCAGGAGCUGCUCUUUUCCUACUUGGAGCUCAACGACCGUAGCGUCCACGGGGACAUACUCAGGGCGUUCACCGAUCUGAGUGCGAGCAAUAUUCGCGGCGCGACUAGCUCUACCGGCCCGGAUUUGAUUUCCGGCCACCGGAAAAGGCCGAAUGCCUCCGUACGUCGAGAAAACAGAGGUUUCUAGUAUUUUAGCGAAACACACACAGAAUCGUUAGUGGUGUGGUUGUGAUUCUAAUUUUAUCUUUACAAGAUUUUUAUCUUGUUUAGUGGGUUUACAAUAACCAUAACUGAAAAAGGAAUGGACAGCUGAAACAAAAAAAAGUUAUUUGCUAAAUGAAUUACGUGUUUUACAU